UUAUGGAAGAUGCGAUGUUGAUGACCGAUGUGUCCGACGACGAAAACACACAUACUGCUUUACUUUGUACUGAGCGGAAACAUAACUUUAGACGGAAAUGGAGCAGCAAACUCUGCGAGCCAAUAACUCGAAGCAAUUUUAGAAAGAUUUUGAAAACGAUUGCAAUUGGGCAAGUCCUUUCUGUAUGUCUCUGUGCUGGUGGUGUAGCCAAUCAAGCUUUGCAACGACGGCAAUUCAAUGCACCAAUGAUUCAGAGUUUUACAUUUUAUUACCUCUUGGCAGUAACUUAUGGAACUGUGCUGGUUUGGAGACAGUCUAGACAAGGAGUCACAGCUGGAUUAUUGGAAGUGUUAAGGAUGAGAGGAUGGAAGUAUUUGGUGAUAGCAACAGCUGACGUCGAAGCAACUUAUACCAUGGUGCUUGCUUACCAGUACACAUCUAUGACUAGCAUUCAGUUGCUGGACUCAUUUGCAAUAGUCGGAGUAAUGAUAUUAUCAUGGUUCAUACUCAAAGUGCGGUACAGACUUAUUCACUAUUUGGGCAUCGUAAUUUGUGUUACUGGAACAGUUGCUCUAGUGUUUGCUGACACUCAUAGCUCUCAAGCAUCUGGGUCAGCUUCAAAUCCUGUUCUUGGUGAUGCCCUUGUUCUUCUUGGGACGAUGCUUUUGUCAAUCUCUAAUGUUGGACAAGAGUAUAUAGUCAAGCAAUUUGACUGGAUUGAAUUUGUGGGAAUGAUCGGCAUCCUGGGCAGUGUUAUUUCUGGAAUUCAAGUGCUAAUUAUUGAACGAAAUGCACUUGACUCAAUCAAUUGGUCAAGUAAUGGGACACCUAUAGUGCUGCUUAUGCUCUCAUUUGCAUUAUCAUCCUACGUGUUUUACUCAGUCACACCAUAUUUCAUGCGUAUAAGCAGUGCCCUGUUAUUUGUCUUGUCAUUGCUCACUGCAGACAUCUACAGUUUCAUCUGUGGUCUCUUUAUAUUUGACUACAAGUUUUCGGCCCUCUACUGUGUUUCAUUUGCUGUCAUUGCCACUGGCCUUGUGGUUUACAAUUUAAAACCAACGCACAUAAAAACAAAUGCAAAUUUUGAUGCAGAUAUAUCGACAACAUCUACAAGAUCUGGUGGUCAAUAGUUAUUCCGAACAGAACUUUGAACACUGAUAUCAUCUUAAGACAAUUUGAUUUUUAAAUUCUUUUUGGAAGAGAAAUAAGUUACAAACCUUUGCACUCAUAAUUCGGAAUAUUAUCAAUAGAAUGUAAGAGUAACACAAAGAUACCCAGCUGUGCAGUCUGUUGAAAUCUAC